UCCAGGGAUUUACUGUUGUGGCUGGAAAAUGUGGUUCAUCAUGAAAGGAAAAAAACUGCAUGGAUGAUAUAAAAGUUUAAUUGGUACGGCGGCUUUCUGUAACGACUGUACUGUGAGCAUCCUUCCACAACUUUAUGAGGAGACCAGAUAAUGUUAAAUAUUGCUAAACCGCCACUAGGUGGUAUUCUUGUUGCUGCAGUCAGGUGUACCUGUAAUAGCCAAGGACUCUCGAGUUAACAAUAGACUUAAGUCUGUUCCUCACCAUCAUGGCGGACUUUUUGCUCCAUACCGUACUACACUCUGUUCCAUCCAUUUGCGAAGACAUUAGCUCUAGAGUCCUUUGUUUGAAUGCAGACUGCCAUAAAGUGGAGAAGGACGUCACAUUUGGCGGCCGCAUUUGUCGGAGCCCUCGCUCAGCGCGAUGACGUUAUGCAGCCCAGAAAUUGGGACUAUUGACACGCUGCAGACCCCGGAUUCAGACACAGCCUGCACGAGCAUAAUGACGUAAUAAUGAUGUGCGUGUCACUUCGCGAACGAGCGACAACAACAAUGGCCGACGCGGAAGGUCGAAAUCUUAAUCUCGACGAUUUUGUCGGAUCAAAUUGGAGUUGUUGGGUAGAUAGGGUGAAAAUUUUUACAGCUGACGCUGGGCUGUAUGCCGAAGAUGGCUACAGGUAUGGGUGUAGCAGCUAUGAGACCAUGACCCUGAGCAAUGAAGAUAAACACAUAUAUGGAGAGUGUCCCUCCCAUGAUGACUUUUACUUGGUGGUAUGCAGUCACUGUAGCCUGGUGGUUAAGCCGCAAGCCUUUGAGAAACACUGUGAGAGGCGACACAAUCUCGCUUUGAAGAUGUGCGGACACUCAUCUGCGCUAACUCCGCAGCAACGACCUCACCCCAGCCACCCCGUCGACCUUUCCGUUUCAAGAGAGAGGCAGAAGGAGAGCAAAUGUCUCGAAACGAGUUUAACAACAGCAGGAUCACCUGUCCACCAUGAUAAGCUCAUGAAGGCCGGAAAGGAAGCUGUGAGUUUAUCUUCAGCAGAGAACCCUCCUCAUCCUCAGAACAUUGCUUCCACACGUCAAACUAGUGUUCCUCAGUUUCAGCGCAUUGUGCCACCCUCUGGCUUUUGCUCUUCCUCAUCUACCUCUCCCAUAAAGAGACCCCCAAUGUCCACAGCUAAGCAGUUGAUUAAGUCUUCCACUCAUCAACGGGGAAUGAGAAUUUACAGCCAGAUUUGCAUAAAACGCGACAAGCGAGAGUGUGGCCUGAAGAAACAAAGCAGUGAGGUGGCUCAAGCAAGAGAGAAGCCACCUUGCAAGCUAAUAUGCAAUACUGAGAGCAUGUUCCAGCAGCAGAGGUCACAGUUCUCCGAGAAGCAGAGUGCAGCGUGUCGAAACAUAGAGCAGCUUCUUGACAAAUCUAAAGAGCAGCAUUUGGAAGCUUUAAAAGAUAAAAUAACAAUCACACAGAACAGCCUGAGCAGCAAUUGUCACAUUCUCAGCCGUUCCAGAAUUUCAUCACAGAGCUUUCCAGAAGAGGAGGCUGACGGCACAGUGAAAGUGGAAGUCCAAACCCCGUAUCCCUUCAAUCAACACCUGCUGUCCAACGAGGAAAGUGAAGAUGAUGAGCAAGAGGAGGCCACUGACCUGCCUGCCACGUCUUGGCACCCCAAACCUCUGGGUCUUUGCAAUUUUGGAUGCCGCACCCUUGGAUGCAACAUCUUCACCUUCGACAGACGCCUGCACCACCUGCGGUUUGCCCUCACUGCCAUGUUGGAGCGUCAUGUUAGGACCCACCUGUGGAAGAAUAUACCUCAAGCAUCAUCAGGACUCAGGUCACAUCGCAUCACAGGGUCUUCUGUCAAGAAUGUGUCUGGGCGUUCCCACACUGUUAACACGCUUAGUCUUGCCUCUACCGCAAUGGGACGACUUGAAACCAAAUCUCAGAGUACAAAUCUACCCUCCAACACCUCUGCAAAACGACCCACCCAACGGUGUAAGCCUAUCGGGCCACCCGGCUAUGAUUUUUUGCAAAAUCAGCUGUCAUGCAAAAGUGAGGAUACAUUCUCAUGAUGCAGCACAGACAAGCGUCAACCCCAAGGACCAUGUAAUGGUCACCUCACACGUGGAAGAAGGCUAUGCCAUCUUCUUCCUUUACAGCCGGUAAUGGGACACGUGUCAGCAUUAGAGAAGCAAUCUGAAUUAUUUUCUACUGGUAAAGCAAGGUCACAACAUGUAAAACACAAACUGUCAGGCUCUAACCAAAGGCCUCUUGGGCAAAAGCGAAAAAGUGGCAGUGACUCCCAGCCUCUUAAGUGUCAACGUUUGUCCUCCCUUACGUGCCCCGUCUCCUGGAAGGGAGAGAGCAUUGGGAAAGUGCUGUCAAGAAGUCGUGGGGAAAUGUCGGCGUCCCGAAGAGUGAGUAUACAGCUGCAAGCUUCCAUGUGAUAGAUUUCUUGAAUGCCACAAAUUAAUGUGCACUCACUUGACCCGUCGUUAUAUACACAAGCACAUAUUUAACAAUUCAGAUCAGCACCACAUUGUAAUAGAUAUGCUGUUGUCAUACUGAGGUGUGUGUUACAGUAUGCAACGAAAUGUAAACAAUUUAUAAAUACCUCUGCAGUGACCAUUUCUUCUUUAUUCAGGAGAAAAAGACAACUUGAAGAAGAGGCUUACUGAUUCCUGCAGCUGCUGCCUACAUUUUCUGUGAUGGCCUGAUUGUAUCUAGGUGUAUAUAUACAGUAUAUACUAUGACGCAUGGAAUGAGUUUUUCUGACAGCCAAUUGUUCUAAAAUGUCUAUUUGCCUUCAUGUAGAUUAACAUAAAAAACAUAAAUAUUUAAAAGCAAUUGAAAUUAUACAUUGAACAUUUUAUUAAACAUUUUAUGGCAAAACAGUUCCUAACUCUGGAGGCCUCAUUGGCUGAGUUUUGUUGUACCUAAUGACACAAGAAUGGGAUUUGUCCU